AAGAGAGAGUGAGUGAGAGUGAGAGAGAGAGAGACAGAGAGAGAGCGAGGACUGUCUGAGAGCUGGAGUAUCAGUGAUAGGUUACAGAUGUGCUUUAAAGUCGACAUUACAUUACAUUUUGAAUCUUAUCACAUGGUGUUUUCCUCCACGUUACGUCUUCAUUAGGGUAUUUGCAUCUCGAAUAACCCGCAUGCUGGUUGGCUGAAAGGCAAUCAUCCCAUCGUGGUGAAACAAACUCGCUCUGCUUUACAUCGAGGAGUACAAGGAACGGAGCGCAUCGGCUCUGCACACACUGCUUUAGUUUAGUCAAAUAAGAAGCUAUUUGACAAUAGCCGGCACGGACUGUAGGGGCUGUGGAGGAGGUGGACCAGUGCAAUGAUGACGGGCAAAUCAGUGAAAGACGUUGACAGAUACCAGGCUGUCCUCAACUCUUUACUGGCGCUGGAAGAGAAUAAAUUCUGCGCUGACUGCGAAUCAAAAGGUCCAAGAUGGGCAUCCUGGAAUUUGGGUAUCUUCAUCUGUAUCCGCUGUGCUGGUAUCCAUCGAAACCUGGGGGUCCACAUCUCCAAGGUCAAGUCUGUCAAUCUGGACCAGUGGACGCAGGAGCAGGUCCAGUGUGUUCAGGAGAUGGGCAAUGCCAAAGCCAAACGUCUCUACGAGGCUUUCUUACCUGAGUGCUUCCAGCGCCCCGAGACAGACCAGUCUGCAGAGAUCUUCAUCAGGGACAAGUAUGAUAGGAAGAAGUACAUGGAUAAGGUCAUUGACAUCCAGAUGCUCAGGAAAGAAAAGAGCUGUGACAAUAUACCCAAGGAACCAGUUGUGUUUGAGAAGAUGAAAUUGAAAAAAGACAUCAGCCCGAAGACAGAUUCCCAGUCUGUUACAGACCUACUUGGAUUAGAUGCCCCUGCUCCAAGUCCUGCAGUGUCUAAUGGUGGAGGAUGUGUUCCAGACAGUAAUGAGAGCCCAGCAGUGUCUCAUCCAGCUCUGGCCCACUCUGCACUGGAUCUCUUCAGCUCCCCGCCAGCACCUUCCUCUACUUCCUCCACUAAAACCAUGCCUGUUUCCAGCUCCAUGCCUCAGAGCAGAGUGACUGCCUCUGUACCUGAAAACCUCAGUCUGUUCCUGGAUCCGGCAGCCAAAGCAGAGGAGGGCACUGUCAAGAAACUGUCCAAGGACUCUAUUCUCUCCCUGUACGCCUCCACCCCCUCAGUGCACGCCACCAGUAUGGCUACUCACGGCUUGUACAUGAACCAAAUGGGAUACCCAACACACCCGUAUGGUUCAUACCAUUCUUUAGCCCAGGCAGGUGGAAUGGGAGGCGCCAUGAUGACAUCACAGAUAGCCAUGAUGGGACAGCAACAGAGUGGAAUGAUUGGAGUUCAACAGAACGGCAUGAUGGGACAGCAGAAUGGCUUAAUGGGUGGCCAAGGCGUCAUGACUCAGCCUAGUGGUGUUAUGGCAUCACCCUACAUGACAGGGAUGACCCAGGGCAUGAUGGGACAGCAGCAAAGCGGAAUGAUGGUACAGCAGCAGACUGGGAUGAUGGGACAGCAGCAGAAUGGCAUUAUGGGACAGCAGCAAAGUGGGAUGAUGGGACAGCAGCAGGUUGGAGGUUUGGCCACAUUACCUCAUCAGCAGGUGUAUGGAGUGCAACAAACCCAGCAGCUACAGUGGAACAUUACCCAGAUGACUCAGCACAUGGCCGGCAUGAAUCUCUACAGCAGCAAUGGCAUGAUGGGAUACAGCAGUCAACACAUGGGAGGCUCGACCAAUCCAGGCUCAGUGCACAUGACAGCACACGUUUGGAAAUGAUCUCAUCCAAGGAGUGAUGUAACGCCAAUAACCCACAAAAGAGAGGGGAACUGAGUUGUAGGAAUCUGUGGAUUAGACGCUCCAUGAGACAUUUUCUAAUGCAAGGGAGGAGGAGGAAGAGGAGGGGGAGGAGACAGGUGUGAAGAAGAAUAAGGUUUGGGGAAACCACAACUACCUCUCUUUCUCUCUCCUCUCUCCCCAUGCUUCCUCUUCUCGUAUCAUCCAUGGCCAUGUUUUGCAUAUUUCCAUGCUUGCCUUCAGAACAUUUUCGUAUAAAGACAACAGGGUUCAGAGGUUCACUGGUUAGGACUACACAUCUUUCUUUGUACCCAGCCUGUGUGUGAGAGUGUGUGUGCGCACUUCUGCUGUAUGUGGGUGUCAACUAACUGCUUGACUUAAAAGACCAGUUUGGUUUUCGGAGAAUUUUACAGUUUUUCUUACUUGAUCAGAAUCAGAAUAAAAAAAAAAAUGCAAAGGUUAGCCUAACUUAAAGGUGGGGUAUUCGAUUCUGGAGAAAUCCAAUACCAUGACAAACACCAUGAUAAAGAGUGAACAAAGACAUAGUAAGUUAUGUUAGCUAGGUUGUGGGUUACAAACUGUCCCUACAGUUGCUGCUACGAAGCUAACAGCCUUAGAGGACGGGAUGGUUUCCCAGAGCCAGCAAAUCAGCUUCGGACAGCAAUACUCACAACUCUCCUGCUACUAUAGCUAACAUCACAACAACAGCAUAUCUUGGCAAACCGGAAAGUAAGCUGAAUGUCUGAGCCACUUUGUUUGUUUCCCAUUUACAGAGCCAGGACACACACUGAAUGGACAGCUAGUGGACCGUGAGGAGAUAUUUGCUGAAUUUGACAAAAAGACGUGUAUUGGAUUCGAAUCGCGUACCCCGCCUUUAACUCAAUUGGUUGAUGUGCUUGAAUAUUGACAUUUAUUGGAACAAGACCCAUUUCCCCUAAAAGGAGGGAAACACACACUGUUGCAAGGCUAAGGGUUUAACAUUUUCGAAUGUGUUAAAUUGUUUGAAAUUUUGGAAAUGCGCUUAUUUGCUUUUUUGCUGAGAGUUAAAUGAGAAUAUUGAUACCACUCUUAUGUCUGCACGCCAAAUAUGAAGCUACUGCCAGCAGCCAGUUAGUUUAGCAUAAAGACUGGAAUCAGGGGAAACAGCUAGUCUGACUCUGUCCAAUGCAAAACAAAAUCAGCCUACCAGCACCUCUGAAGUUCACUUAUUAACGCAGUAUAUCUCAUUUGUUUAAUCCAUACAAAACAACGUAAAAAUGACGCAUUGUGGUUUCUAAUGGGGACUAUUUUUUGACCAGUGGAGACUUUGUACAGAUUAAACAAAUUAGAUAUAACAUGUGAAUUAGUGAGCUUUAGAUGUACUUGUAGGUUGUUUCCAGUCUUGUGCUAAGCUAACCAGCUGCUGGAGGUAGCUUCAUAUGUACCGUACAGAGAUGAGAGUAGUAUCCAUCUUCUUAUCUAACUCUUGUCAAGAAAGUGAAUAAGUGUUCAGCUUAUGUCAAAUACAAAAUGUCUGACUAUUCUUUUGGCUCAGCAUUAAGAAUGUUUCUUAACAAAUCAUUCAUAACAGAAUCCAACAAUUAGUUUCAUUUUAGACAGCUUUCAAGUGCACAGGGGUUAGCAGUUUUAUACCUUAAAGGUUUUAGGUGGCUUAUCAUUUUAAAAUGAUAUUGUCCUUCUUGUGAGAGGAGCAUCAAGCUAGGCUAGGCUACGCUAGUCUCUUAAUUCAUCACACCUUCAAGCUGCAAGAUAUUAAUGAAUUUGUCUGGCUCUGUAUAAGUAGGAAAAAUGUAUAAAAUCUUACAAAAACCAAUGUAUCCUUUGUAACAAAUGUCCUUUCUAAAUACUUAAGUUAUCCUACCCGUCCAACAAUAUUAAAAUGUAAGAAAUCCCUUUACGUGUUAAGUUCCUAGAUCCUCACUGUCUCACAAGUUAGAGCAGCUACACAACCUACCUAAACAGCCCUUAAUUAUGAUGUCUUCUACUCAAUUUAGAGAGGGCUUCUUUUAGAAUCAAUAUCUAAUCUCAAUUUAAGUGUCAAAAGUCCUAAACUGGCUUUUGGGAGACCAAAGAUCAACGCUAGCUUUAUUAUGGUUGUACAGUAUUCCAAUGCUUUGUUACAUCUGUAUAGUCACUUAACUAGUGAUUAGUAGAAAAUUCUAUUCAGAAGUCCUUUAACAGUUUGGUCAUACCUGUUCUUACAUGAUGAAUGUUUGGGCAUAUCAAUUCACUGUGCUAUUUCCUCAGCAAGGGGUGGGACACUUAAAAAGUCACUUGCAUGCAGUGCCAUCAUGUAAAUGCUGAGUAAACGCUCACACACCUCAAGUUAAUCUACCUUGUACAAUAGAGGCCUCAAAUAAUGUUGAAUGUCCAUAAAUAUGAGAGAAAGAGAGAGAGAGAGGUGGGGACAGAGAAAACUUUAAAGUACAGAUCAGUCAUGUUUCAGAUUCUUCCACUGAAUUGCAUGAGGAGAAUGUUUUUCUAGCUCUGGUUGUAUGUAAUGUAUGUUUAUUAAGAUAUCCGAAUGUGUCUCUGGAAUGUGUAUCUCUGAAUGUUUCUCUCUACAUGUCAAUCAGUCUCUGACCAAGACCAACAAAAAAUCUCAAUGAAUGUGUGUCCUGAAUGUGUUCACGAUUGUACUGUACUGGUUUUGAAUACACACACCUGAGCAUUGCUGGGGUGUGUUUGUUUUUUAUAUUCUAUGACUCAUAGAAAUGAACACUUGUGUCUUUUGAAUGUUCUGUGGUCAACAGCGUCCUGUCCGUUUUUGGUGAAUUGUUGUAUUCAAACAAGUUUUGAUGUAACUGUCUUACCAUCAAGUUAAGAGCAAACUGUGACCAGGCUGACGCAUUUUCAGGUCACUCUGGGGGUGUUUACAAUUUGUCCAAACCACUUCUUGUGAAGCAAAAAGUGAUUGUACGACCACAAUCUGUCACCUCUCAAUGUUUUAGGUAACCCUUCUACACUUCUCCCACACAACACUGAUUUCUGUGUCCUGAUUUCUCUGAAAGUGUCUAAAUAUGUCCAUUCUUAUAAAUGCAUGAAGCCAUUAGUGUAAAUAAUCUCAGUCUUUCCAUUUUUUCAAAGAAACACUUUGUGUUAAGUUGCCAUUAUGAAUGUGAGGGGUAAGAAUGUAAGAGGAGCAGCUGAAAGAGAAUUGCAUUAACAUACUCCAGCAUAGUAAGAUUCUUAUUAACUGCUGCCAAUAAACAAGCAGUACAGCCUUCACAACUCAGAAACUUGUCUAUUCCUUCCAGGUAUUUCUUUCCAUUUUAGCUAAUUUGGUGGGAGUUGAGGCAACAGUGUGACAGCGGCAGUCACUUCUUUGCUGAUUGCAAUAUCACCGUAAGACAAUGUGUCGUCUCUGCACUGUAACAGCAGAUCUGUCAGCUGGCGAUGAGAAGUUUCUGGAAAAGCAGAAACAAUCCAUCUCUGUGUGAUGACGCUUCACCUGAGCUUUUUCAUCUGUGAUUAUCUUUAAAUUUAGGCUGCUUGUAAUCGGUUCCUUUUUUUGUCUGGUAUAUUUUCAGUGAAAUAAGAGCAAAUGAAGGAAUGUAUCUUUUUAUGUACUUGUCGAUCAAGAUAUUGUGUACAUUAUUCUUUAUCAGAAUAUCACUGUAUAUUAUGUUUCUUAAACAAGAUUGAUGAACAUGUAUUGUAUAUUACUUCUGCAUUUUUCACAUGCUUUGCCCCUUUUGAUUUCAUGUUCACACAAGUUAGUCACUUAAAUUUGAGAAUAUGUAUGUAACAUACAAUACUUGUCUCUGUGAAAAUAUACAAAAUAAAUAUUGUUUUGAUUAAAUUAAA